GGAGUAAGGUGUCUCAACUACUCUCCUGAACAUGGUAAAUUAGCUGAAACCGUCAACACUAGCUAUUCUGGCUCAGUGCUCAUUAUGGAUGAAAAGCGAUUUGUUUUAUUUCCGCAUUGGAAUACAAAGGUGUGAGAACUUUGGGAAAAGUUUUAUGUAUAGCAGCAGUCGAGGACCUCAGGUCUGCGGGUCCAUGUUGAGACGGUGAGAAUGGCUUUCACAGACACAGCCAUAAUUCUCACUGUCAUGGCAGUCCUAGGAAUGUUAACCAGAGGUCAGGGGAGCCUGGUUAAAGACAACUCUCUGCUGAGGUUCACCCAUCAUUUGUAUAAUGCGAGCAUUUAUGAGAACUCUGCCCCCAGGACCUAUGUGGAGAGCCCAGUCCGAAUGGGCAUCAUUCAAUCUGAUACCUUCUGGGACAUCAAGUACAAGGUUGUCUCUGGUGAUGACGAUGGCCUUUUCAAAGCCGAGCAGGAAACCGUUGGAGAUUUCUGCUUUCUGAGAAUCAAAACCAGAAGCAGUAACUCAGCUGUGCUGAACAGAGAGGUUCGAGACAUUUACACUCUCACCGUUGAGGCUACAGAAAGUUCCUAUGAGAACCGAGCUAGAACAAAGGUAUUGAUCCAGGUGCUUGACACAAAUGAUCUGAAACCACUCUUUUACCCUGCCUCUUAUAAUGUGCUAAUCAAAGAGGACACACCGAUCAAGUCAAGCCUGGUGAGAGUGACUGCUACAGAUGCUGAUAUUGGCAGCAAUGCAGACUUUUAUUACUCAUUCACCACUAGAUCACACCCAUUUGCCGUUGAUCCUUUCACGGGGACCGUUACACUCGUCAAGAGACUUGACGCCAGUCAGAGAGACCGUUAUGAACUUACAGUGCUGGCAGAGGACAGGACAAAGAAAAUUUCUGGUGUGCAGAAGUUUGGAAAUGUAGCAACGGUUGUUGUGACCGUAGAAAAGGUGACCGAAAACUUUACCCUCAUUGCACCCACUAGUGCAGUAAGUCCGCAAACGGAUGACGACAAAAUAAGUGUGAACAUCAAGAUGGAACCCAAGGAGAAAGAGAAAGUGGCAUCUUUGAGUAUAGUUGAAGGGGAUCCACUAAAGUGCUUUCAGAUUAUUCCAUCAACUUUGCCUGAUGGUGGCUUUCAGCUUGUCUCAACAAAAUGGAUUGACUGGUCACAAAACCCAUUUGGACUAAACAUCUCCCUGCAGGCCAAAGACAGAAGUAGCCGAAAUGGUUUAUUGCAAACACCAAUACAAACUGUGCAUUUCCAUCCUCCUACUCAUGUCAAACCCUUGACAUUUGAACAAGAACUAUACCAUGUCUCCCUCAGUGAAUUUUCCCCACCGAAAAGUCAUGUAGUUAAAGUAUCUGUAGGUUUGAGUGUCAAAAAUACAACCUUCAGCAUCAAAGAAAACCCAGACAGCUACAAAUUCAAAAUCAGUGCCAAAACUGGUGUAAUUGUAACCUCUCAGUCACUUGAUUUUGAAAAGCACUCCCAUUAUGAGUUUGAUGUUACAGCAAACGAUGGAGAAGCGGUUACCCGUGUCGUUGUGGAUAUAAUUGAUGAAAACGAUAAUGCCCCUAGGUUCACAUUGCCUUCAUACCAGGCUUCUCUGCCUGAAAAUGUCCCAAUUGGAACAAGCAUCUUAGCUGUCUCUGCUAUUGAUGUGGACAAAGAUAACAAUGGUUUUGUGACCUACGCUAUAGCAAACACAAGUCCUGUUCCUUUCACUAUAGACCCACUGACUGGUGUGAUUUCGACCUCCCAGGAGUUCGAUUAUGAGCUCAUGAAGAGAUGGUACCACUUGAGAAUAUGGGCCUCAGACAGCGGCAGCCCUUUUAACAGAGUAAGCGAAUGCUCUGCAACCAUCACCAUGACCAACAUCAACGACAACACUCCAGUGUUUGAGCGGGUGGCGUGCAAUGCCUCCAUCCCCCGACACUUUCCUGUGGGGCAAAGUAUUACAGAGAUGUCAGCACUCGAUCUGGAUGAGCUGCAGCAGAUCAAAUACAGGAUAGAAUCUGGGAAUGACGAGGGACUGUUUGCAAUUGACCCGGUUUCUGGCACCAUUAAACUUUCUAGGGCAAUUCCCGCAAAUUAUGAAGACACAGAUAAUCAUUUUUAUAUACUUAAAAUAACAGCAACAGAUGGCAAAUAUAGUGCCGAUCCCAAUACCAUGACCAUACAUAUCACUGGCAAGGGCGAAAGCGCCACCACGUAUUGCGAGGAGACUGGAAUUACUAGGCAGUUGACAGAGAAGCUUAUCGAGUCAUUUAAGCCGUCUCUCACUGUCAAAGAAGACGAGUCUAUCUCAGAUGUUCAUAUAAUUAACCAGCACUCUCCAAAGUUUAUCAUGGGCACACCGAGCUCGUUUGACAUCAGGGAAGACUUUGCUCUCAAUAGAUCGGUGUUGCAGUUUAAUGCCACUGAUAAUGACUCUGGCUUUAACGGAAAACUUGUCUAUGCAAUUUCCAGUGGAAAUGAGGAUGGAUGCUUUACUAUCGACAUGAACACAGGGGACCUCAAGGUUAUCAGUGCUUUGGACAGAGAGCAAAAAGAGUUUUACAUUCUCAACAUAACUGUGUAUGACCUGGGAUCUCCACAAAUCUCUACUUGGAAGUUUCUUGCUGUCAACAUUCUUGAUGCAAAUGAUAAUCCUCCAUUAUUUUCUCAGCCAAGAUAUGUUGUGAACAUCCCAGAAAACACGGAGGUUGACAAAAGCAUCUUCAAAGCCAAUGCAGUCGAUUUUGACUUGGAUGACAAUGGAGGAUUUAAAUUUUCAUUGUUAACCUUUACCAAUUUGUUCCAAAUUGACGAAGUGACAGGGGUUGUGAAGGUAACUGGCCCUUUAGACAGAGAGACCUUUAGUAGGUAUGACCUGAAAAUUGAAGCCAGAGAUCAAGCCAAACUGGACGAACAACUAUUCUCAUUUGUAGAUCUGGUGGUCGUACUGGAGGACAUCAAUGACAAUCCUCCAAAGUUUGCACCCACAAUCUACAGAAUCAAAGUUCCCGAGGACGUUCCUCCAGGCACAGUGCUAUUGUGGGUCGAAAGCUUUGAUUUUGAUCUGGAGAGCGGAGGUCUCAUAAGCUACAACCUAAAAAACAGUGAAGCAGGGACGUUUUUCCUGGAUGCAUCCACAGGCUGCUUGACUCUGGAGAGUGAACUGGACUUUGAAAGGCAGCAGUCUUAUAAUCUAACUGUUCGAGCUGUAGACCAUGGAAAGCCACGGUCUUUAUCGUCUUCAUGUUUCAUUGAGGUUGAAGUGUUAGAUGUCAACGAAAACAUGAACCGGCCUCUAUUCACUCUUUUUGUGCACAACACAGCCGUUACGGAGGAUGCUGAAAUAGGAACUUCAGUCUUGACGCUAACGGCCCUUAGACUUUGAAUCUCUGAAUAAUUAUGUGCUCACUGUAUUGGUAUCGGAUGAUGGUGAGCCGAGUCUUUCAGCCGCUGGGACACUCUACGUCCAAGUGCAAAAUCGUUCUCAUCCAAUAUUUCAAAGCAUGUACUACCCUUUGAAAUUACCUGAGAAUAUUACUCCUUUUACAACGAUCCUGCAUGUGCAAGCAAGAAACCCAGAAGGAUACGGCCUUAUCUACAAUCUAGAGGAAGACAAUGCCUCCAGGUUUUUCAACAUUGAUUUCAAAACAGGGGUCUUAAGUGUCACUGAUUUCCUAGACUUUGAGACUCAAACAAAGCAUAUUUUGACUGUUCGUGCCACAGAUUCGGUGACUGGUACCUUUAGCGAAGCCAAAGUAGAGAUUGAAGUGGAAGAUAUAAACGACAAUGCCCCUGUCUUUCAAAAUCUGUCUUAUAUUACCGAUGUGUCUGAGGGCCUUCCAAUAGGCACAUCUAUUUUACAGGUCUCAGCUGUUGACAGAGAUUCACACAGCAAUUCAGAGGUAACUUACCAAUUGAUUGACAAAAGUGAUUUUUUUGAUAUUGACCCAAUAACUGGGAUUUUGGUGACAGUGCAAGUAUUGGACUAUGAAACCAUGCAGCAGUUAACGCUGAAAGUUAAAGCCACAGAUAAAGGUUCACCACCGCUCAGCGGUGAGGCUCACAUCAUUGUGAACGUCAUAGAUGUCAAUGAUAACCCUCCAGAUUUUGAUGAGCCAUCUUAUCGGGCCUCUCUUGAUGAAAUGGCUACUUGUGGCCACAUCGUUAUCAAAGUUCAGGCUUCAGACCCUGAUAGUAAGGAUGACCUCCAAUAUAAGAUCCUGUCUGGCAACGAGGGGAGAUAUUUCUCUAUUAAUGAAUCAUCUGGACUUAUCUCAUUCUCCAAUUUGUGCAAGAAAAACCUGGAUCCAUUUUAUAACCUCACCGUUGCAGUUUCUGACGGUGUGUUUCAGAAGACUGCCCCUGUUAACAUUGACAUGACAAACGGCAACAAGCACAGCCCCUAUUUUAACCAGAACAUUUACGAGGCAGAUCUGGCAGAGAACGCAGAAGUGGGAACUCGAGUGAUCCGUCUGGCUGCUAUUGACCCGGAUGAUGGGCCAUACGGCAGUGUAGACUACACCAUUAUUAACAAGCUUGCCGAUGAGAAGUUCUCCAUUGAUGAAGAUGGACAAAUUGUGACUUCACAGUCAUUGGACAGAGAAAAUCCAUCGCAAAGAGUGAUUGCGAUUAAGGUCAUGGCUAAGGAUGGUGGAGGAAGAGUGGGAUUUUGCACUGUAAAGAUCAUUCUAACAGAUGAGAAUGAUAACGUCCCUCAGUUUAAAGCCUCAGAGUAUCAGGUGUCCAUUCAGUCAACAGUAAACAAAGGCUCACCAGUGAUACAGAUAAUGGCUUAUGAUGCAGAUGAAGGUAAAAAUGCGGAUGUCACUUACACAGUAGAAGAAGCGGAGGAGGUUACUGAAGAUAUUAUUGAGCUCAACCCUUUUACUGGAAUGGUCAGUGUCAAAGAGAGUCUGGUUGGUUUGGAGAACAAGAUUUUUACCUUCAAAGUUAAGGCUCGAGAUGGAGGCAUUCCUUUUUACAACUCCUCUGUGCCAGUACAGGUCAAGGUGGUCCCACCAGAGGUCAUCCUGCCCCGAUUCACCGAGCCAUUGUACACUUUCUCAGCAUCUGAGGACCUCCCUAUCGGAUAUGAGAUAGGCACAGUCAAGGCGGAUGCUGAUAUGCCACUGAUUUACAGCUUGGUGGAUGGUAAUACCAUAGACAGCAACAAAGAGCAUGCUUUUGCUGUCGACAAAGAUAGCGGUACAGUUGUAGUGCAGAAGAACAUUGACCAUGAAAAAACCAAGAUAUACAAGAUUGAUGUGAUUGCUCAAGGAAAUCACAAUGGUACCAAUGUAGCAUCUCUUGUGUCUGUUCACAUAAAAGUUCAAGACGUUAAUGACAAUCAGCCUAUGUUUGAGGCUGACCCCUAUAAGGCCUUCCUGACUGAGAAUUUGCCCCGCGGCACCACGAUCAUUCAAGUGACAGCUAAUGAUGCAGACACAAACGUCAACGGAGAAGUCUCAUAUACAAUCGAGUCGGAGGCAGAUGAUACUGGCGACAUGUUUACAAUUGAUUCACAAACUGGCUGGAUUACUGCCUUAAAGGAGGCGGAUUCUGAGACCAAACAGCUUCAUAGAUUCUAUGUGGUGGCCACUGAUCAUGGCGACACUGUCAAACUGACCUCUUCAGUUCUAGUUGAGGUGACUAUCACAGAUGAAAAUGAUAACCCACCUCAGUUUACAGAAGAACUGUACCAAGGGUCCAUACUAGAGAACAGCAGGCCUGGAACAACCAUUGUGACUCUGACAACUGCUGACAAAGAUGUGUCUGCAGAUAAUAGACAGAUUGUAUGUUAUAUAACAGAGGGAGACCCAUUGGGCCAGUUCUCAGUCACAUCAGCAGGGGAGGAGUGGACAGUGAUUUCCAAAAGUCCACUUGACAGAGAAGACAAAGACAAAUACACCCUUAAGAUAACAGCCACAGAUGGAAGGUUUCAAACCUCUGCCAAAGUCGAGGUCCAUGUUCUUGACCUCAAUGACAACAGUCCUUUGUGUGAGCAAUUACUUUAUACAGAGGCAGUCGUGGAGAAUUCCCAAUCAGGCAUGUUCAUUCUGAAGAUCUCUGCAUCUGAUCCCGACAUUGGAACAAAUGGCCAGGUGUCAUUUACUCUUCAUGGACCUAAUGCAGACAAGUUCCAUCUUGACUCCAAAACUGGUGAGCUAUACACCCUUGCUGCCUUGGACCGGGAGCGGGAAUCAGAGUAUGAUCUUGUUGUCAAAGCGACUGACGGUGGUGGCCGCUCUUGUCAGGCAGACGUCACACUCAUGGUAAAAGACACGAACGACAACCCGCCACAAUUCUCCACAAGCCAUUAUGACAUCACUGUGUUUGACAACACCACGAUUAGGACACCUAUUGCUGUCAUCUAUGCCAAAGACCCAGACACAGGUAUCAACUCAGAGGUGAGGUACUCUCUUCAAGGCGUCGACAGCGGCUUCUUCUCCCUAGAUGAAAUCUCAGGCAUUUUGAGACUGGAGAGAUCUCUAGCCGACGAGCCCAAGUUUACCUAUGAGAUGAAAGUAAAAGCCACCGACAGAGGCCUACCUCGCCACCUUUUCUCCUUUGCCACAAUUACAGUACACGUGGUCAUCCUGAGUGAUUACAAGCCAUUGUUCCUUAGCUCGGAGUACUUUGUACAGAUCCCAGAAUCGUUACGGAUCGGAUCAGAGGUGAUCAGCGUGUCUGCCCUCCCCAUAGAUGGCACUGAUAAUGAGCCUGUACGAUAUACUAUCCUCUCUGGCAAUGUAGACGGCCGAUUCCAGAUAAACUCCAUGACAGGUUUGCUGUCGGUGAACGCUCCGCUGGAUUUUGAGCUUUGCCGCGAGUAUUACCUGUCAGUGGAAGGGGCAAGGGGCAAACCACUGCUCAGUGAAAUUGCCUCAGUUAUCAUUAAUAUCACAGACGUCAACGACAACCCGCCUGUCUUUAACAACAGUAGCUACAGAACCGUGAUUGCAGAGGACAUUUCACCUGGGGACAUGGUUCUACAGGUAAGUGCAGUCGACCUUGAUGGGCCUCCGAAUAACUUCAUCAUAUACUCCAUUGUGAACGGUGAUGCAAAGCAGCAGUUCAGCAUCGACCCUCGCACCGGACACGUAACGGUCCUCUCCAUGCUGGAUAGGGAAGAGAUAACACACUACUCAUUAACUGUGCAAGCUGCCGAUGAAGGCGAUCCCCCUUUAUCCUCUGCCGUCCAGGUGACAGUGACCGUAUCUGACGUCAACGACAACCCACCGACGUUCUCGCAGAUAAAUCACAGCCUUGUUCUUCAGGAAGGGGAUUCGGUUGGCAGAGGGAUUCUGCAGCUGCUGGUAACAGACAGAGAUACGCCUCAGAACGGCCCUCCCUUCUCCUUCCAUAUUGUCUCGGGAAAUGAGGACAGGAGUUUUCAUAUUGACCAAGGAGGACUGCUGUCCGUAUCCUCCCCGCUGAGGAGGAGAGGCAAGCCUCAGCAUCUGCUAAAAAUUCAGGUCACUGACAGCGGCCACCCUCCGCUGUCCUCUAUAUGCGUGGUGAAGAUCAACAUCACAGAGCAGAGUCGAUAUCCACCCACUGUGUCUCCACUAGAGGUUUUCAUCACCACAGCUGGGGGGACGUUCUCCAAACGUGUCAUCGGCAAGCUGCACGCUACGGACCAAGAUCCCCAAGACAUCCUGUCCUACAAACUGGUCUCUGAAGCCCCGGACCAAGGCCUGUUCUCUGUGGACACAGUGGAUGGAAAGAUCGUGGUGGAAAAGGACCUGGAGCCAGGCCUGUACCACUUGAACGUGAGCGUGUCCGAUGGAACAUUUAGCAUUUGGGCUGGAGUGAAGGUCCACGUUUGGGCUGGCGCUCAACAUGCUCUGGAUCAGGGCUUUACGUUGCAGUUGGCUGGACUUUCGGCUGAAGAGUUUGUGUCCGAUCACUGGAGAGGCCUCCAGCGCAGCCUGGGCUCGGGGUUAAACAUACCCAGACAAGAGCUGCACAUCGCCAGCUUGCAACAACAGCCGAACUCCGUCAACAUGGAGGUACUGCUGGUCCGUCGAGCUCCAAAUGGCUCCGUCCAGCCAGUGUCUUUUCAACACCUGACUGGGGUCCUUUCAAAUGUAGAAGAUGCACUGGGUUUGAAUGUCUUGAGACUGAAGCAUGGUGACUGCGUGGGCGCUGGUUGCCCGCUUCCGGGUUGCAGGAACGCAGUAGUGAUGAGGCAGGGGAGAAUGAAUACCUACGCCACUGCACGGGCCAACUUCAUCACCCCGCAGCACAGCUGGGAGAGUGUGUGCUCCUGCAAUGAAUCGGCUGUGAGGUUUGACGGCAAGGGUUAUCUGAAAUACCUCUAUCAAAUAAAAGAGGGCAACGAGAACUUCCAUCUGUCUCUUCGACUCAAGACAUCUGCUACAGAGGGCACAGUGAUGACCACCAACGCCUCUGACUGGGGAACAUUAGAGCUGGUGGAAAAGGAGCUGUGGUUCAGAUAUGGAUGUGGCGACAUGGCUUCUGCCAGUAUGCAGGUGGACAACCACCCUGUGGCUGAUGGCCGCUGGCAUGAUGUCUCUCUGGAGGUCAAUGGCACAACCCUUAGACUCACCAUUGAUGCCAUCCACUCCAAGUCUGUCGAUCUUCCACAACCUUGCAAGCUCACUCAAUACGGUGGGGCGCUGGUGCUGGCCGGCUCUAAUCCCAGCACAGAUGCAGAGCGACUGGGCUUCACGGGCUGUUUGGAGAGCUUACGUUUCAAUGGAGAAGUGGUGAGAGGAAAGGAGGGGGUGACAGGAACUGGCCUGCAGACUGGCACACUCUUUGGGAUCUACCAAUGCUGCUCUGAUGUGAAGAUCUGUGCCAGUAAUCCUUGUGAGAACGGAGGCACUUGUGUCGAAGACUCCAGUGAAGGGUUUCGGUGUAUCUGUCCAUUGCUAUACAAUGGCUCCCUCUGUGAGAACAGCAAGCUGCCGGACAAUCCUUGUGCAUCCCAGCCAUGUGGCAAUGGAUCGUGUAUGCCAAAUAAUCGAGGGUACAUCUGCAACUGCUCCACAAAAAUAGCUGAAAACAGAUGUCAGAUUGCAUGCUCUCCAAAUCCCUGUCUGUAUGGUUUCGCCUGUUCAAUGGCGGGGAACUCCAUCCACUGUGAGCGCACCACCUCCCCUCCUUAUGUGGAAAUCGCAGAGAUCUGCGCAGGCAUAUUGGGGCUUGUCCUCCUUGUCGUGGCCUUUGUGUGUUUCCGAAAACGUCACAUCAGCAAAAAGAAGCGCAAGUCUGGCUGCGUGCAAGAUUCCAACGGUUACUUCCCAACUUUACCCAAAAGCACGAUGAAAGAAACUGAGAUCAGCUCUCCCAUGGAGAACAACGCUCUGAUUGGCUCUGGAUGUGAUCCGGACAGUCCUUUCCGUUCACUCAAACCUCGUGAGCAGCGGGAGCUCGGCCCUCAGGUGGGACCCCGGUCUCAUAGGCCUCAGGGUCCUGUGAUUUGCAGUGUGGCCCCCAAUCUACCUCCUCCACCCUCUACCAGCUCUGACAACGACUCUAUUAGGAAAAACAAUUGGGAGCAUGACUACGAAGUGUAUCCAGCUGAUCCAGACUACUAUGGCCGACCCUCCGUCCAAGCGUUCCCACAGUUUGACAUUGUGGAAAGCACCUACUCAUCUACUUCCACAGAGUCGCGCAGGAACUCUCGUUUCGGAGGCUUCCCUUUCCCGCUGGACCGGGCCGACCGCCGUGCUCCAUUGCCCCCUUGUUACAGCAACCAGAACUUAGAUGACUUCUUGGGGCCAGACGGGCUGCCGCUGCCCAGCUCUCAGUGCCCUAAUGAGUACACGGCCAUAAGCUACUACCCUACCCAGCACGCUCGCAGCCUGGACAACGUCUCCAGCAGCCAUAAGAGGCUCAGUGUGCGUUUGAGCGUGGCACAGCCCUCCUAUGCGGACAGCGGCGGAUUCACUAGAAGGACCGCUCGCAGUUAUACUGGCUCAGACAUGGUGGAGAGUGACUAUGGCAGCUGUGAGGAGGUCAUGUUCUAGGCAACAGAAAGAGGAGUCUGCGGUGGAUCAAAGGUCCCGUAUGAUUAUAAAGGGGAUGGUUGUCUCGUACAUAUAGUAUAUGAAGCUCACUGGCUAAAAGCCACAGAAGCACUAUCAGUAUUAACAGUCACUUUCAGGGAAAACCAAUACAUUUUGUGUGAAAUGCGACUUUUCUUAUUGUUUUGCCCUUUACGAAACUGUAGAAUUAUUGCAUGACCUUAAAAAGUCUACAGUGUGGUUAUACUGUCAAUGACGCGUCAGUAGUGUCUAAUACGCCCUUAUUUGUUAUUGCGAGUUCAAUCGCACCCCGUCCGGUUUGGUUGGGAAAACUAUAUACUGUAUUGUUAUUAGAAAAUUUGUUAAAUGACUGAUUGUAGUGAUGCAUGUCAUUAUCAGAUUGGAUGUCAGCUAUGGGAUGGAUAAUUAUUCCAGUAAACUUAGCUGAGGUGUUCUUUGAGGACAGAAACCAGUGUGCUAUGAAAUUUGAAUUGAAAGCGUGCCAUAGUAAAUGUGUUUAGUGAUGUCAGGUAUAAUACAGUAGAAGCACAUUUCAUUACAACAAAACAGCAGUAUAGUAGUUAUAUUGAUUUGUACAGUCGACUGCAGCAGAGGCUGGCUCCCUGCUGGAUCAGAAAUUAAGUACACAAUGUGAAAUAUCAAAUAUAGUUCCACCGCAAGUUGCCGUGUCAUUGGUUGUUGGGAAAUUUGGCUGCUCUGUUAAGAUGUGUAUGAAUUACUGUGUUUUGUUUUGUUAGUAAUUUUACAUGUGAACCGCACUGGCUUUAGCUUCUCUUGCUGCAGAUGUUAUACAGUUUUAAGAGUGAUCAAAGGCAAUCAAACAAGGCCAUACAAAAUCCCUAUGCUUCUUGACUGUCAUAAUGUUCACUAAUCAUUAAAAAGAUCAAACAUACUUUGUUAAAAAAAAGUAUGAAAGAAAUUGGACUGAUUGAAGAAACGUGUGUGUGUACAUCACAAACAACAGCUGCAUUUUAUAUUCUAAAGCGCUUCUGUCUAUGAUCUGUGUUCAUAACAGUGAUGUCAUCUUUAGUGUACAUUUUUAGUGUACAGUUAUGAAUAGGGAUUCCCACCACAGCACAUCUUAUUGGAUGCAAAGAUGAUCUGAAUGUGAAAGGCUUUGUAGAUUCAUUUAUCAGACGGGUGCAUGUGUCACCAAAUUGUGUUGCAUGUGCUCAAUGAAACUGCUUCCUUCCCUCACUGACUGUAGUGUUUAGUCUGUAGUGUUUCAAAUAACAUAGUGUUGAUGAACAUAUUAAUGGCAGCUGUCGCAAUUAUUUGUCAUUCUGAUCUGCCAGAUGUUUGUGCAGUGGGCGUGGUAUGUGCGAAUGGAUUUUUUCGUUCUCUUUUUUUAUAUUUUAAAAAAUUCAAUGUGGGAUGAAACCCACGUUUAAAAUGAGUUCCUCCGUGAGAGAAUCUGUGUUGUCUUUGCCAUUUCCCAUCUCUGUAGAAAAUACUAUGAACUAUAUUAAAUAAAAUUAUGUUUAAUAUACA